AUGCAUUGUCAUUUAUUAGAGGAUCCAUAAAUAAAUAAUAAUGACUAGCCUAAGAAAAUUAAAAAAAAAAACAAAUAUGACUAUCACAGGAAAAAAAGGAGAAGUUCUGAUGCUUCCAACACCAAGAAAUUAGGUUAAAAAUUCACAUCAGAUGAAGAUAAGCUAAUUCUACAGUUAGUUCUAAAUGUCGGACCUAAGUUUUAAAAAAUUCAUAAACACUUUCCAGGAAAAACUUUGGCCAUGGUAAAGAACAGAUACUACAAAUAUCUUCGCUAUAGGUGGGAAGUCUUGGGAUAAAACUACAAACAUUUAAGUGUUCAAUAGGAUUCAUAUGAAAAUUUGUGUGAAUAACAAAAAAUAAUAAGUGAUCAGCUCGAUGAAGAAAAAGGCAAUUUAAUCACACAAAUUAUCUCCCAUACAAAAUUACUUUCAAAUGCUCGCAUGUUUGUUGAAUAUCUAGUUGAACAAUUAUUAUGA